AUGUCUGACCAUCUUGGGCCGCCAACCAAGGACGGACGCCACGGCACCUCCCAACCCAGGGCCAAGGUUGGGAACUUGGAUCGUGCUGAACGUCAUUUACAACAUGAAGCCCUUUGCAAGUGCCUGCAUCCCACCAAGGACUCAAGAGCCACAGCUGGACGAAACGAUGCAUCCUCGGAAGAACAGCAUAGGCCUCUUCGGGAGACGAGUGAAGAUUGGAAGAGGCGGUGCCUAGGCCGACGCCAGCCGGGGCAGCGGAUGGACCGAGACAUAGCUGAAUUACCCUUCCCUGUUCACCUCCGGCGGGGACGGAAUCACCGAACUUACGAAGACCUCGUGCGUCCUGGUGUUACCGACUGGCGGGUGUCACUGGCUCCAGAGGCCAGCAGCUCAUGUUACCUCCACACAAAACACAUCGGACGGGGCUUGAUAGCUUCAGGGAAUCGGAAGCUUCUUCGACCUGUCAGUUGGGACAUCGUUGUGAUGCAAAGACACGAACGCACAGCCUUGGGCAUCAACAUUCUGGCGAUGUUUGACACAUACUGGCUUGAUACUGUUGACAGCGAGUCAAAAGUCAUCGAGGUUUCAUUCUCGAGCCUGGAACACAUCCAGUCUGCCAGUUCCAAGGGAUAG